AUGCGACUGGUAAUACUAAUUUAUGUUGUUGUACCGGCGACAGUGUUAACUUUUGAUGUGGAUCUAAGAAAGUUUGCACCGACCAAAGACAAACAUGUGGGCAAUGGAAAUAUGAAAGAGCUUAAAAAACAGAGUUACGCUCCAGCACAGGAUACAUUUGACGAUUUCAACGACGUGUUAAAAAAUUAUUAUAUGCUAGAACGUUUUCUGUUUCCGUCACAAAUUGAUGAAGUAACGCAGAAGCUAAGUAGCAGGCAAACUUCGGAGGGAAAACGCCAAAAAGUUUCAGGAUGGGAUAAUGACCCUAGCGACUACGCAGCUUCAGUACCCCGAGAAGUGCAACCUCCACCUCUUUAA